AUGGGCAAUGAACGAUACAUCUGUGGUGAAUGUGAUAAUCCAGUUAAACUAGACGAUAGCUUGAAACAACUCAACCCAUCACAACUUGAUCUAAUACUCAGUGCAAAGCAGAAUAAAGAGAUUAUCAAAGUCGAGAACGAAUUGAACCCGGAAGAUUACUUAUCCACUGACAAAUUGAACCUUUACAAUCAGCUUCCAAAACAAGCGGUGCCAAUUCAUUACAAGAGCUACUUUGAUAGCGAAGAUGAGGAUAGUGAUGAUGGAAUGAAUUUUCACUUAACAAAGUCAAACUCCAGUACUGAUUCAUAUUUAGUAGUGGAUGAAGUUGAAUCGGAACAGCAAGAUGAGCCCGUUGAAGAGGAAGGCUUUGAGCUCAAACUAUCCAGUCGUAUCAAAGCUUUGGAAAACAUAUUUAAUAUUUUAUCAAAUACACAAGAUAUCGAGCAUCCCCUUAGUCAAGAUUGUGCCAAUUUGCUACUAGAAAACUACCAACUCAAAUUCGAUCAAUCGCAAAAGGAAAAAACUCAAUACUUGGAAUUUUUGAAGAAAUUAAAGAUGCAGGACCAAAGGUUGAAUUUAUAUCUGGAUGGUGAGGUAAAGAAGCACCUUGAUGAAAAUCUCCAGCAAUCGUUAAAUGAAUUCAAAAGAUUGACUGAGCUAGAGAAGAAACAACUCAGUGAGUUGAGAGAAUUAGAAGCUACUCGAAGAGAGUUGGAAUCUCAGUCGCGAAUAAAUAAAGAGGAAUUGGUAUCAAUAAACCACGACAAAGUAAAUGACAUCCUCAGGCUAAGAAACGAGCUUCAACUUGAUCUUGGGGAUAAACAAACUAAACUAGAACAGCUUAAGGCAUCAUAUAAUAUCCACUUGAACCACAUUGAUAAUCUACGAAGUUCCAACAUUUACAAAUUGAUGUUUGAUAUUAAGAUCGAUGACAAAUACGCCAUGAUCAAUGGGUUUCGCAUAGGUUUCAAGAUUGUGUUGCCGGAGGUGAAUGCUGCUUUAGGACAAAUUGUUUUGUUACUCACAUUGAUAAUUAAACGCCUUGAUCUUAGAUUGACAAGCUACAAAUUGGUUCCGAUGGGGUCACAAUCACAUAUUGUCAAAUUUACCGACUCAGAAAAUGGCACUCGACUGAAAAAGAUACUCAAUUUAUACUCAUCAGAUGAGUUCACCUUGGGCAGGUUAUUCAACUUUAACAAGAUGGAUGUAGCAAUGAUUGCUUUGUUGGAGAUUGUGGCAUUGAUCGAAAUGCAGUUGAAGAGAAUCGAUACUGAACUUGAGUUACCUUACAAGAUUUACAAGGAUACAAUUGGUGGAAAAAGUAUACGAGUUACAUCAAACUCUGAAUGGACUCAAAGCUGCAAGAAUUUAUUGACUUGUUUGAAUUGGAUCUUGACGUUUAUCAGCGCGCACACAAACUAA